UAUCCUCCACGCUAUACACUAAACAGACUAUAGGUGAGGCUACAGCUCUGGGCCUCUGAGCUCAACCAGGCACCGCGUACCACGAAGAAAUAAUAAUAAAUUAUAGUACGCGCGCCAGUCGCCGCGGUGUCCGGCGUGAUUGUCGGUCUCGUAUUAUCGUUGUUUUCCCAGUAUCCCAUUACCCCCUCAGCGGCACUGCGGCAGCAGCAUCAGCAGCUGCGCGAACGUGAAACGAUAUCGUUAUAAUCGUUAUUGUUAUUAAUUACGUAAUAAGUAAUAACAUACUAUUAUAAAUGUCGAGAAUCGCGAGUCGCGACGUCGUCUCCCGUCGGAAAUCCGCGUUGCUAGGUAAAUAGAUAGGUAGUCCGUCAUCUGUCGGGAAAACCACCGCGACCGGCCGAGAUAAAAUAUCUCUAAUCGGCAGUCGCCACUCGCUUGCAUGCACCGCGACGAUGUACGGCGUUGCGGAUCGACGGUGGCGACGAAGACGAUAUGAAUGCGAUUGCAAUAACGACUAACGACGCUUUUGGACGAGUGCCUUUCAAGUUUCAAUCUAUGAGGGUCGAAUCCGCGAGUGGCGUUUGGUGUCUGUCCCGAGUGGGCAACGAGUGACGACGACAACUCUAUAUAGUUCGUGGCCGGCGAUCGUAAAUACGACGCAUGUUAUCGAUUCUCGGCCGGCUGCUCCCGUGAUCUCGCACGAUCAUCGUCUCCAUAGGUAAUAGUCGCGUCGCAGGAUGAUUGAAAUCGGCGGUGUACAGUUUCAUCUAGAGUGCCAACGUCGGAGAUAAAAACCGUAGUUACUCCUACGUUAAAUAGUAUCGAAAAACAAACUCAACGACCAUGUAUUUGGACGACGUCAACGGGACUGCUCAAGCCGAAGGUAACUACAGUUGUUAUGACGGCGGAGGCUGCGGAAACAACACAGCUGUAGCGCCGUUAGGUGCCGUACUGGACUCUAUCACCGUGGCCAUGCUCAGCCAGACGUGUUUACAUUCGGUGUUCAACCAUCCCUAUUUUCAUUUUUCACAUGCCAUCAUGUUUAUUUGCUACAUGCUACCAUUUGGAUCUCCUUGUCAGUUGAUUCUCCUCAUUCGCAUUGGCCUGGCUGGUGCCACUACCAUUAUGGCGUUAUGGGCUAGGAAUGUCCAGUGUUGGGUUGACAGCCUCUUGUGGAAUGCUGCUUCUGCUGCUGUCAAUGUCGUACACAUUUUAGUGUUAUUCUAUCAACUGAGGCCGAUCAAAUUUAAUGAUGAAUUAGAACUAGUGUACGAAACGCUUUUCUACCCUUUAAAAGUAAGCCGUAAACAAUUUAGUAAAAUAGUUUCCUGCAUGAAAAUGAUAAGACCGCUAAAAACUCUCGAGAUAUUUGCUGAAGAAAAAGUAACAAGGGUCGACAGCUUAUCGUUGGUGCUUUCAGGAAAAUUAGUAAUAUCACAGAACGGUAAUGCUCUGCAUAUUGUCUUCCCAUAUCAAUUCCUAGAUUCUCCAGAGUGGUUUGGUGUAUCUACUGAUGAAUUCUUCCAAGUAUCGGUCACAGCUGUAGAAGAUUCCAGGGUAUUAUUAUGGCAUAGAGACAAAUUAAGAUUGUCAAUAAUUACAGAUAAAUUUUUAUACACUAUUUUUGAUCACAUUCUUGGUCGAGAUGUUGUAAAAAAACUUAUGCAGGUAAGCGAAACUAUGUCUAAUGGUCAUUUACCUAAUCAGUGGUAUGAUGGAGAAGAAGCUGAAAUGACAAAUAAUGUAAAUGAUGAGAAACAAACAGUUCUUUAUUUAAAGCGUAAUGGUGACGGACAAGCAGGCAUUGAAACUAUAUUGAAACGAGAGUUACAAGAGAAUGAAAACGCAUGCCUGGAACACUGUCCAUUGAUUAAUGACCAGUCUUCAUGGUACUCGCAACAGACUCUACGUAACGUGUUGAGAACUCUACACAGAUAGCAACAUUAAGCGACCCAAAUGGCUGGAAAUUGAGUAGGAUUGAAGAAGUCGACCACGAGACUCCAGUGUAAAAAAAAUAUUAAAUAUAUUUCCUUUAACAAUUAAUAAUCUUGUGAUCUUAGGAUAAGUUUAUAUCUGUGUUUUCUUUUUAACUCUGACACUUUGGUGUUGUUUUUAAAUUUACCUCUGUCAGAUUUGAUUUUUGGCACCUAUCGAAUUUAACAAUCACUGUAGUAAUAUCAAUUUAUUUUAUUAACUAUUCUUGAUGUAAGAUUUAAAAAAAAAGAAAUUUAUUGACAAUGUUUGAUGAACCAAACAAAUAUAACUUGUAAGCUAGCUCCUUGUUUUCUUUGAGUAAUAACAUACAUUUUGUUUUGUUUCAAAAGUACUGAUAUUCAAAUGUUUUAAUUAAUAAAUAUAUUACAUGUUGUUUAUUGUUGUUCAAAUAAUAUAAUGUAUUAAUCAUUAAUAUGAUAAUGUAUUACUAAAGUGAUAUUUAUAAAAGUAACUAGUCCAUUAUUAAUUAUUAUAAAAUGUGUAUGUAAUUGUGUAUAAUAUAUAAUAUAUAAAAAUUAUAAUAUAGAGUGUCCCUUGAUCCUCAGGACUUUAUUUUAUGCAAUGUCAACUUAUGAAAAUCCAAUUAAAACUACUAAUAAGUAAUAAUAAUAAUACUCCUGCUACCAAAAAAUAUUUGAGGCAUUGGGACACUGUGUUGUAUAAUUUUUAUAUAAUAUGAUCCAGCUAACACAAUAUUGUGUUUAGUGGAUCAUCUGGUAUUACAUAUUUUAUUGAAUGAAUAUUGUUAUAAUUUUAAUAAAAAUCAUAUUGUAAUUGUACAAAAUCUUGGUUUAAAAAAAAUUAAGUGUGAUGAAUGGAAUAAAAAUUUAUGUUCAAAUA